UGUUAAACUGUUGUUAGAAGCCUAAGAAACAAUGACAACUCUCAAGUUCAUUCAACUGUCAUUCAUUUCGUCAUUCGCCUUUGAACUCUAAAUUUCUGUUUUUAUUUGCGUAAUAAUCGUCCUUCCUCACUAUCAGCAAAACGGAAUAAACAGUAGCUGACGAAUGUAAACUACAAGUAAUACGAUACCAUUCACAAAAUACAAGUACUCGGACUCGGUCAUAACUUGCGUGCGUUGCGUCGUGUCCUUUGUUCUCUUAUUAAACUAAAGUUGAGGAAUGGCUUUGUGGAUAUACGGUGUGUUUUUGUUCAUAAGCCCGUGCUUAAGUUACAAGCCGGUGGUUUUAAUACAUGGAGUGAUGACAGGCAGCGGCAGCAUGGAAAUGAUUGCGCACAGAAUCCAAGAGAAACAUCCAAACACAACAGUGUACAACUGCAACCGGUUUGAGAGCUGGUCAAGCCUGGAGAACAUGUGGCACCAGGUGCUGGAGAUAGGUCAAGAUGUGGCCAAUAUCUCGGCGAGACACCCAGAGGGCAUUAACCUUAUAGGGUAUUCCCAAGGCGGCCUGAUAGCCCGAGGCAUAGUGCAGACAUUCCCUAAUGUCUCUGUCAGCACUUUCAUCUCUCUCAGCUCACCACAGGCUGGACAAUAUGGAGCCGGUUUCCUCCACCUAGUUUUCCCCGGCCUAGUAAAGGAGAGUGCUUAUGAACUGUUCUAUUCCCGAGUGGGCCAGCACACGUCAGUGGGAAACUACUGGAAUGACCCCUACCAUCAGACCUUGUACGAGACAUACAGUGUGUACCUGCCAUAUAUCAACAACCAUAUUGCGUCAACGAAGACUAAUGAUUUCAAGAACAAUUUGCUGAGAUUAAAACGUUUUGUUCUGAUCGGAGGUCCUGAUGAUAACGUUAUUACUCCUUGGCAAAGCAGUCAAUUCGGCUACUACGACGCCAACGAUACAAUAAUCGAAAUGCGAGACCAGCCAAUCUACAAAGACGAUAAAAUUGGACUCAAAGAACUGGACAACAAUGGAAAACUCCACGUUGUCACUGUACCCGGAAUCAACCAUUUCAACUGGCACAUGAAUGUUAGUAUAGUCGACGAUUAUUUACUGCCAUAUUUAGAUUAAUUUACUUAGGUUUUCAUUUUUAUUAGGCCAUAAACUGAGGCAAUUCUGUGUAGUUCCAUAUUUAUCCGUGGCGCUGCUGAUAGUUCUGCAGUGUGUCGCUAGAUGGCGCCUAAAUCAAAGCUUGAAUACUUAAGUUUUUUCCCGUAGAAGUGCAGUGGCGCCACUUGUUAGUAUCACAUUGUGCUAAUAGAUGUCUCUGUGAUAUAUUCUUAUGAAUAAAUAAAAAUUGCAAAACGUGUAAAUUGCAAAGUCAAAAUUAUAUUUCUGUAAAAUGUAGAUUCUUUCAUUAUCGUACAAAAAUCAGCCAUAUUUUUUUACGAUUUACAAUCAUAAAUUAUAUCUUUGAUUUUAAUACACACGGCUGUAAUCUAGAAUUAGAUAGUAGAAUUGUAUUUCUAAGAGGGAUUUCAUGUUUUAAAUACUCUCAUCCAAGUAUUUUGGCUUUUUACCAAAUAAUAGCUCAAUUUUAGGGUGUAAGCGUGCAUUCGGAUCUGACUUUAAUACUUGAUAUUUUUCUUAUAAUCAACUCAUCUGAAAACUAGGAAUCAAUUGAUAUCGAAUAAUUAAUUUACGAAAUACUUAUCUUUAUUCAUUUAUACAUCUGCAAUACUAAUAUUAUACUGAUAUUUGCUUCUAAAAAAAUCAUUAUUUCAAUAUAAAAUAUGGAUGUGUGUGUUUUUGGUAGAAUAUGUUUUACAUGAUACUACCUUAUAUUAAUAUAUGUAUAAAUACUCGUAUACCUAAUAUGAAUAAUUUUCAAACAAUUGAGGAGUGAAACUCAGUUUUUCUAUUGUUUUUCUAUGUUUUUUUUUUAAUGAAGAAUAUAUAACCCUUCUUAUUUCUAUAGACGUUUUGAUAUGAUUUUAACACAUUUAUAAUUGUGCAGAUUUUAUCAUUAUUUUUUUGUGUAACACUUUCUACCGCUAUAGUUCGCUGUUUUAAUAUUUUAUCAUAAUUUUAAAUAAUUCAAUACCAGUGAUGUACAAGUUCAAGGUUUGAUGUUAGGCAUACUCAUAUCAUAGAUAUAUGCAUUUUGUAAUUAAUUUGUUUAUAAUUGUCAACAUUUUUUAUCAUUAAGGUGUGUCAUUAUAACCAUUAUACUCUGUGUUUCUAAAUUCCGGGAUAAAUUCGGAUUGUUGAAAUCUAGUCAGAUAUCCGAUUGAGUGAAAUAUAUUUUUAUCGCAUA